UGCCUGGUACUGCAGUUGAUGAAACAGAAUAGGAAGACGUUUUAUGAUCAGUUGCGGGAGCACAAUAAGACUGCAGCUUUGCUAGGGGUCAGAAGAGACCAUGCACAGACUUCUCUUCUGGUUCAGGAAAUGUACAAGAGAAAAUCAUUCCUGAGUACAUUUCUGGGCAUUUCCAUUCUGUAACCAUUUUAAAAAAACGUGUCUUGGAAGAGGUUGAGAGUGGUGCAUUGUUAUUCAAAUCAUUAACCAUGCGGGGCCUAAUCCUGCUCCCACUGAAAUCAAUGAGAACUUCACGAUUGACUUCAGUGGGGGUAGGUUUGAGUCCCCAGUGUCAGUUACUGCAAUAAUCUUCUGAAGCAGACUGCAGCUAUGAAUGGCUAUCCUAUGAGGCAGCUGCAUUUCAUCCUUCCUAUUGUGAGCUCUUGCCCCUGUUCUUUGCCUCUGGUUUUGUUGGUGAGGAUAUCACAGUGAUGUCUGCAUUCAACCUGCUGCAUUUGGUGACAAAGAGCCAGCCAGUGGCCCUGCGAGCCUGUGGGCUUCCCUCAGGGUCAUGUAGGGAUAAAAAGAACUGCAAGGUGGUCUUUUCCCAGCAGGACCUGAGGAAGCGGCUGACGCCUUUGCAGUACCAUGUCACUCAGGAGAAAGGGACUGAAAGCGCCUUUGAGGGAGAAUACACACAUCAUAAAGCUCAUGGGAUAUACAAAUGUGUUGUCUGUGGAACUCCUUUAUUCAAGUCAGAAACAAAGUUUGACUCCAAUUCAGGUUGGCCUUCAUUCUAUGAUGUGAUCAGUCCUGAUGCAAUUAUGUUCACCGAUGACUUCUCUUAUGGGAUGCACAGGAUUGAAACAGGCUGCAGUCAGUGUGGUGCUCACCUGGGGCAUAUCUUUGACGAUGGGCCUCGUCCAACUGGCAAAAGAUAUUGCAUAAACUCUGCUUCAUUAUCGUUCGAGCCUGUAGAUAAGAACAAUGCUGGAGAAGGCAGCAGUAGCACCAGUCCUGCCCAAACAGACAAAACCGAGCUGUAGAGCAAAGGGCUGUCUGCAGAAAACUCCCGGCGUAUGAAGAAUGUUUUUUCUAACUUGCCUGCUAUAUUAUAUCAUAUUUUUAAAUGUAUAAAGGCAUUCUGCACCAUUAGGUGUUUUUUUUCUUUGUUGAAAUUGAGGCCUUGCCUGCCAAUGUAUUUUACUAUAUAAUAGGUUCUAAAUAUUUGUGGACUGACUCCCCUGGUUUUGUUUUUGGAGAUUGCUUUGGGGAAGCCUUAAAACAAGAGACUUUAGCCCCAUUAGUUAUUAAUCUCUUCUUCUUGCUUUGUUACUAUAGAUUUGAAUAUUUUUCUUUUUCUUUUUUUGUGUGUGUGAAGAAAAGGGGAUUGUGGUUAUCUUCAGACAACAGAAAACUCUUGAGUGUAAUAAAAUUCUUGAGACCCAGCA